CCAAGAUGGCGGCAGUGAUGGUUUGGUUGCCGUGGUCCCUGCUGCUUCUCUCCUUCAUGUGUGGAACAAGAGCCUUCUAUGUCCCUGGGGUCGCGCCAAUCAACUUCCACCAGAACGACCCUGUAGAAAUCAAGGCUGUGAAGCUCACCAGCUCUCGAACCCAGUUACCUUAUGAGUACUACUCACUGCCCCUCUGCCAGCCCUUAAAAAUAACCUACAAGGCAGAGAAUCGGGGAGAGGUGCUGAGAGGGGACCGGAUUGUCAACACCCCUUUCCAGGUUCUCAUGAAUAGCGAAAAGAAGUGUGAGGUUCUGUGCAGUGAGUCCAACAAACCAGUGACCCUGUCUGUGAAAGAGAGCCGGCUCAUGGCGGAGCUGAUCACGGAGGACUACUAUGUCCACCUCAUUGCGGACAACCUGCCUGUGGCCAAGCUGGAGCUCUACUCCAACUGCGACGGUGAUGACAAGAAGGAGGAAAAAGAUGUGCAGUUUGAACACGGCUACUGGCUUGGCUUCAUGGAAGUGAACAAGAUCUACCUGCACAAUCACCUCUCCUUCAUCCUUUACUACCACCGAGAGGACUUGGAAGAGGACCAGGAGCACACAUACCGUGUCGUCCGCUUCGAGGUGAUUCCCCAGAGCAUCAGGCUGGAGGACCUCAAAACAGAUGAGAAGAGUUCAUGCACUCUGCCUGAGGGUACCAAAUCCUCGCCCCAAGAAAUUGAUCCCACCAAGGAAAAUCAGCUGUUCUUCACCUACUCGGUACACUGGGAGGAAAGUGACAUCAAAUGGGCCUCUCGCUGGGAUACUUAUCUGACCAUGAGUGAUGUGCAGAUCCACUGGUUUUCUAUCAUUAACUCCGUUGUUGUGGUCUUCUUCCUAUCAGGCAUCCUGAGCAUGAUUAUCAUUCGGACCCUCCGGAAGGACAUUGCCAACUAUAACAAAGAGGAUGACAUUGAAGACACCAUGGAAGAGUCUGGGUGGAAGUUGGCGCACGGUGACGUCUUCAGGCCACCCCAGUACCCCAUGAUCCUCAGCUCCCUGUUGGGCUCAGGCAUUCAGCUCUUCUGUAUGAUCCUCAUCGUCAUCUGUGAGUGGGCCUGGUGUGGGAGGCUGUCACCAGACCCACCGGGAGCUCUCAUGACCACUGCCUGCUUCCUCUUCAUGUUCAUGGGAGUUUUCGGUGGAUUUUCCGCCGGCCGUCUGUACCGCACUCUAAAAGGCCAUCGGUGGAAGAAAGGAGCCUUCUGUACAGCGACACUGUACCCUGGCGUGGUUUUGGGCAUUUGUUUCGUAUUGAAUUGCUUCAUCUGGGGAAAGCACUCAUCAGGAGCGGUGCCCUUCCCCACUAUGGUGGCCCUGCUGUGCAUGUGGUUCGGGAUCUCCCUGCCCCUCGUCUACCUGGGCUACUACUUCGGCUUCAGAAAGCAGCCAUAUGACAACCCUGUGCGCACCAACCAGAUUCCCUGGCAGAUCCCUGAACAGCGGUGGUACAUGAACCAAUUUGUGGGCAUUCUCAUGGCUGGGAUCCUGCCCUUUGGUGCCAUGGUCAUCAAGCUUUUCUUCAUCUUCAGUGCAAUCUGGGAGAAUCAGUUCUAUUACCUCUUUGGCUUCCUAUUCCUCGUCUUCAUCAUCCUGGUGGUAUCCUGCUCACAAAUCAGCAUUGUCAUGGUGUACUUUCAGCUGUGUGCAGAGGAUUACCGCUGGUGGUGGAGGAAUUUCCUAGUCUCCGGGGGAUCUGCAUUCUACGUCCUGGUCUAUGCCAUCUUUUAUUUUGUUAACAAGCUGGACAUCGUCGAGUUCAUCCCCUCUCUCCUCUACUUUGGCUACACGGCCCUCAUGGUCCUGUCCUUCUGGCUCCUCACGGGCACCAUCAGCUUCUAUGCAGCCUACAUGGUUGUCCACAAGAUCUACGCUGCUGUGAAGAUAGACUGAUGGGGUGGACCAUAGCCAUGCCCACUCUGUCCAUGGACAGGAAGCCACCCUGCGUGGGGAACUGCAGGCACGCAAAAUAAAGUAACUCCUGCUUGUUUGGAAUGUAACUCCUGGCACAGUGUUCCUGGAUCCCAGGGCUGCGUGGGGGGCGGGAGGACCUGUAGAUAAAUCUUGCAUUUUUCUCCAUCAUCUUCUUCCAAUUCUGUGGGGGAUGACGUUUUUGUGGGUCGUUUUUUUCUUCAGUACUAAGAAAGUUCCCUUCAGCAGGAACUCUGGGACCUGUUCAAGUUUAUUUUUGGUUAGGGGUUUUUUCCUUGUUUUUUGUUUUUUUAACAAUGGAUCCAGCAUGGAUAAAUCCACCGAGACACUGGGUUUUGGUCACUGUCUCCACCUCAGUUCCUCAGGGCUGUUGGCCACCCCACGACUAACUGGAAAAGGAAACACCAGACCUUCUGGGACUUCAGUGAGGUUUCCAAGCCUCUCACCAUCCAUCCUCGCCAUUGAUGCCGUGACAAGCACAGCUCUAGCCCAGACAUGCAUCCUCAGUGCCAACCUGCCUCUACCAGCCACUUUCCCUCCCUCUUCUCACCUCUCCAGCAUUCUCCCAGGGCUGCCCAAGGCAGGGCUUCUAGCCAGGCCUCGGGGUCGUCUUGUCACCAGGAGCAAGUCCCGUCUUGGUUGCUAUAAGGAAAUCCCCAGAAGUACUAGGGAGCAGUGGAAAUUUGCUGGAGCAGAGAAGAGACUUGCAGCGAACUAUUUCUGUGCCACAAAAUCCUGGAUCCAGGGCCAGGUAUUUCCAAAGCCAAUCCAAGUAUAUCCACAUGUCUGUGCCUGGGCUGAGGGUCUUCACCCUUUAGGAUUUCUCCCCAGUCCCUUCCUCAGGGGGUUGCUGUUCUUUGCAAACUGUGCUGCUGGUGGGGUCUCUCUUCCCCCACUUCGAGCAGAA